AUGCUGACAUUCUGUAGCGUGUAUGGCAAUUUCCCCCACCUGGAUAAACUUGUGUCGCAUGCCACAUCUCUCCCGGAAUUGGAACAUCUAUGGCUUCCCUCCCAAUCGCCGUGUCGUUUCGGCCCGAACCUCCACAACCUUGCUGUUGACAAUACUCUCUAUUUGCACAGCCAGUAUGUUCCUGGGUUAAGACAAUUGGUGCUUGGUGGCUUUUCUAAUUCCGAGCUUUCUCCUAAUCCCGACUCCUCUCUUAAGAUCGGAUUUGAGCAUAUUCCAGAAUUGAAAAUACUGAAGUUGUCUGGGGGCGGAUGGGAUGUACCACUCUUGUUUCAGGGUGAACCUUCAGCUUCACUGUACCAGCUUCUAAUGAUGAAUGCUUGGAUCACACCUAGCCUGCCCAACUCUAUUGCGCUGUCGCUGAGGGACCUGCGUCUUUGCCUUGUGAUUUUUGAGCCAUUUUCUCACAACCUACCGGCAGACUUGCCAUGCCUUGAAAUAUUAGGCCUCUUUGACUGCACGAACGCUGAUCUAUUUUUCCAUGGUCUCAAAUCCCCGAAUUUAGUGCAACUGGAAGUAUGCCAAUGCGACUUCGAGCUGGACAGUUGGCUCUCAGAACUUUUAUCGUCUUGUACACAUAUGAAAAGCCUUCAUUUGCAUAGCAAAUUCCCACUUAGCCCGACCCUCUGGCGCUCAAUAUGCGGCUGUGCUACUUUGCAGCGCCUUGAACUCAUCAGCCCAACAGCUUAUGAUUGGGGGACCUUCAGAAACGAAAAAUCAAGCUUGAUAUAUCUUGGAGUGAACGGGGAUCUAUCCGGAUUACAGCAUCAACCAUCAUUACGAGAACUGCUUCUUUAUGAUCAGCAAAACUAUCAACAAAUUCUUACUUUGACUAAUUCAUGGCGUAACUCUUCUCACCAACACGGAGGUAGUGCCAAUCUAAGACUUAAGCAAGUUAUUACCGAAGAUCUGACAUUCACGCUACUGCCAGAUGGGGGGUUAAGAGAAGAUGAGACCGAGGGCCCUAUCUGUAGCAUGGACCAUUGUUGCCCCAAGAUGGACCUUUUUGAAUAUGAAUGGUGGGCUGUCGAUUUACACGAAGGUUGA